AUGCCCGAUCAUUUCGAUACAAAUUCUGUCGACCUUGACAGCAGCCAGAAUUCAGAGUCGAUAGUUCAACUGGGGGAACAGGAUUUUCCUGCGGAACGCACCAGAUCAAGGAUUUCACAGCUGAAAAGAUCGCUUAGCGCACUUUCCGGUAAAGAAGACCGCCAAGAAUUAGAAACCGCGAUCCACAACCACGAAGAUGCUGUCAGCGAAGCCAUAUCGCGUUACCAGACGAAUUUGCAAGGUGUUGGCCCCGUUGAGUCGCAGCUCGACGGUGAGCGUCAAGAGACCCAGCCGGCACCAGACACAACGUACCACAAGGAAGACAAAUGGCAAUAUCCUAUUGACAGUGAGACUGGUUUUAGAAUUGUCGAAUUUGUCGAGGAUGACCCAGAAAACCCACAAUGUUGGCCUACCAGACAAAAAUGGAAUUACACAGCUCUUCUCGGUAUCAUCUGUUUGGACGUGGCGCUUAUGUCAGCGGUCAUCACCGGCGAUUUUGAUUCUCCUGCCAAGUAUUUUGGAGUUUCUAUCGAAGUCUUAUGUCUUUGUGUGUCGCUCAUGGUAUGGGGGUUUGGUCUUGGACCGCUUUUGUUUGCGCCUCUUUCGGAGGAAUUCGGUAGAAACCCAGUCUACCAGAUCACUCUUUUCAUUGCCACGAUUUUCAUUGUCCCCUGUGCCGCGUCAUAUAACAUAGGAACACUGUUAGCGUUCAGAUUUUUAGAUGGACUUGCCUUCAGUGCACCAAUGUGUCUAAUUGGCGGGUCCCUGAGCGAUAUGUGGCGUAGCAAAGAACGUGGAGUCGCCAUGUCGAUUUUUUCCGCUGCACCAUUUCUGGGACCCGUCUUGGGUCCUAUUGUGGGUUCUUUGCUAUCAGUUAAAUGCUCUUGGAGAUGGGUUUACUGGUUCAUGCUUAUCUUAAGUAGUUGUCUUUACGGUGUGCUGUUUGUCUUCCUACCAGAAACGCAUCAGCAAACGUUACUUAAGAAGCGAGCCAAAAAGUUAAGGAAAUUGACCGGUGACGCAAGUUACAGAGCAAUUUCGGAGAUUCAAGUCAGGUCUCUGAAACAAAUAACUGAGGAGACACUUCUAAGACCUUUGAUUCUCUUGACUGAGAUGAUCGUUUUUUUGAUCACCUUGUACAUGUCUGUCAUCUACGGUUUGUUGUACAUGUUCUUCUUCGCAUACCCAAUGGUUUACACAGAGGGAAAACACUGGGGGCCUAUCAAGACCAGUCUCAUGUUUAUUCCAAUGGGAGUUGGAGUCAUUGCGUCCACUAUUGCUGCACCUUUUCUAAACAAAGAUUACGUUAGAAGAGCCAAUAGGUACCUUGAGCGAGGCGAAGUUCCUCCUGCAGAGCUGCGUCUCAUUCCAAUGAUGAUUGGAUGUUGGUUUGUACCAAUUGGGUUGUUUGCAUAUGCGUGGUCAUCUUUCCCCCACGUUUCUUGGGCCGGUCCAUGUUUUAGUGGGUUUGCUUGUGGAUUUGGGUUUAAUAUGCUCUAUAAUCCAGCGAACAAUUACAUUGUCGACUCUUACCAGCAUUACGCCGCUUCAGGAUUAGCAGCUAAAACUUUUGUUCGCUCUAUGUGGGGUGGUUCAGUCCCACUUUUCACACUACAAAUGUACCGGAAGUUGGGCUACGAAUGGGCGUCGACCCUAAUGGCUUUCAUUUCUCUUGCAUGCUGCGUUAUUCCAUACGUGUUUUACUUCUAUGGGGCUAGAAUCAGAAAGCGGUCCAAAUAUGCUUAUUCUCCCGUUAUUGACACUACCCGAUCCACCGUAGCCGACGCGGAGACUCAAAACAAAUCCGGGAAAGAAGAAACUGACGCAGCGGAUACAUCUUCAUGCUCUUCCACCGAACAGGAGAAAUAG